AUGAUCCAUAGAAAACAGUAUUUCAUUUUAUAUCUUUUAUUUUUAAUUCAUUCAUAUUUAUCAUUAUGUGUACCAUCAUCAACACAAUGUGGAUGUUCGCAUGUAAAACCUAUUUUUUCUGAAUCGAGAAUUGUUGGUGGUUAUACAGCUCAAAGUCAUUCAUGGCCAUGGAUUGUUAGUCUUCGUCGAUCAAAAACAAGUGAAUCAUCAAUAAGUCCUGGUUCUCUUUUUUGUGGUGGAACUUUAAUUAAUAGUAAAUAUGUAUUAACAGCCGCUCAUUGUUUUCAGACUAUUAAAUCAUCACAACUUUCAAAUUAUUUUAUUGUUAUUGGUGCUCAAUAUAAAAAUGAUACAAAUCCAAUUCGAUUUACAAUUAAAUCUGUUAUUUUACAUGAUGAAUUUAAUGGUGACACCUAUGAAAAUGAUAUUGCUCUAUUAGAAUUAACAAAUAAUGUUUAUUUCAAUGAUUCAAAUAUUGGAUUUAUUUGUUUACCUCAAAAUAAUAUGUCAACAUAUCCAUAUGAAUCAAUGAAUGGUACUGUAAUAGGUUGGGGUCGUUUACAACAAGAUGGUUUAUCAUCUUAUACUCUUCAACAAGUAGAAUUACCUAUUAUAUCAUAUACAAAUAAAUAUUGUCGUAAUGUUGUAAAUGAUAAUAUUAUUCAAUUUUGUGCAGGUUUUAUCGAAGGUGGUAAAGAUACAUGUCAAGGUGAUAGUGGUGGACCUUUGAUGAUUCAUGAUUCAAUAAGUGAUACGUGGAAUAUUGCAGGAAUAACAUCAUAUGGAUAUGGAUGUGCAAUAGCAGAAUAUCCUGGUGUAUAUACUCGUGUGAGUAUUUAUUUACCUUAUCUACUGUUGUCAUCUCGUCAACCUUGUCCACGGUUUCCAGUUUGGGCACCUCUUCCAUUAUUUCCAUCUUGUUGUCCUUGUCCACGGUUUCCACCUUGUGGAUCUCGUCUGUCACCUUGUGAACGUGUUCCAUUGUUUCUGUUUCCCAAACCUUGUCCACGGUGUUCACCUUCUUGA